AUGUACGCCCCCACGGACAUGCAGGACCCGACUGCGAGUGUGCCUAUAAGUUACGCCCUCCUGCAGCUGCCGCCAAAGAAGGAACUGCGUAAGAAGGGCUACAACAUAGAGGAAAUCAACACCACCUCCACGCGCGACCACCCACUCUCAAAAUGGACGACACACACGCUGAGGAGGGGCGCCACGUACCGUGACGCCCUCGACGCCAUUGAGGAGUCAAACAAAAAGUCGUGGGGUUUACUGAAGGCCCGCAUCCACUUCUACUGCGGCUCCUUUGACAACUACGCACGCCUCAAGCCAAACGACCCCGCGUCGCUCAAGUACAUCGGCUCCUACGACCCAAACGGCGUCUACAAGCUCGCCACCAUUGAGGCAUCCGUGGCAAGUCGCGCGCGUCUGUUGCCGCGGCUGAAGCCCCUCGUCGAUGAGCGCGGGCACCACACCUGCACUCAGAGAGUACCCCGCCCAUUUGCGCCGCAGGUACUGUACAAGGAGUGUCCACCGCCGGUGCUGUCGCAGGCGGGGUAUGAUUUCACGCCCAUGAGUCAUACCGCCUUCCUGUUGCGCCCAGGCGACCACCCGCAGGGGGUGCGGAGUGUGAAGAGUGAUUUUAUGAAGGAAAGCUGCGACUACCGGCCGAGGUCUUACCUCCGCGACGAGGUUGUCGGGGGCGUGAACAGCCGGCACUGCCACUGCGCCGAGGUGUAUCAGGUUGGGGACUACACGGCGGAUUAUGCCCACGCCACCGACGUGGUGAACCAGCGCAACAGAGUAGUUCACAAGGAAUUUACCAAGACUGGCACGUUAAAGGCAAACAGCAGCAUCGUGGGGCGGCGCUACGCCAAGGCGCCAACGUUCCCCUGCAUCCACCACACCGGUGGCAAGGAGGGGGACGCCACCGCCACCGCCACCGCCGCCGAGCCCCAACAGAUGGCCUCCAGCAGCAGUAAUGAGGCACCCAAUGAUGCCAUGGCGUCCGACGGCGUCGAGUCAAUGCGGUCGCAAGUGAGGCGCAACGUUCGUUUUGAGGAUGAGCCCAGCAACAAAGUGGCGUAG